ACUUUGCCAGAGCAUUCUCACGCUGGAGUCAUUCCAGGACCAAGACGAACUACAAAGUCACCCGCUCGAGAAUCUGUGGGCAUGUCCGAACGAGGACAAAGACGACCCUUACAUCUGGCAGGUGACGAUGCUGGGCCCGCCGGAAACGCCUUACGAAGGAGGGAUUUUCUUCCUCGAUAUGUAUUUUAGUGAAGAUUAUCCUUGGAUGAAACCAAAGGUGCAGUUCAGCACGGCAGUUUAUCACCCUAACGUAAAUAGCAGGGGUGAGGUGUGUCUUGACCUUUUGACGAAUAACUGGAGGCCUGAUUUUACGAUUUCUUCUGUGCUCCUAGGCCUUUACUCACUAAUGGCGGACCCGAGCCCCGAGGAUUUUGAACCUGGAAAUCGCAAAUGAGUUUAGAGACGAUAGAGAGAAAUUUAACGAAACAGCCAGAGAUUGGACGAAAAAAUGGGCAGUUUAACACUUUUUUUUAUUCGGAACACCUAAUCGUAUAUAUUACUAUCGUUAAUUCAGAAAUGAUUUAACGUUCGCUAUUUAGGGAAGCCAUUUUUUUUGUUUUAGGUGUAUAUACAAUUAUUAUUUAUGAUUUUUAUAUUUUUGUUGUAUAUAAUAGAAGCUGCUUAACGAGCCAGU